UGGAAAGCCGGGAGGUGCCGGAGCCGAAGUCAUGGCGGCCAGAGCAGCGGGCAGCGGGGGCUGGGAAGUGGUGAAGAGGGGCCGGCGACCUGUAGCAAGCAGCAGCGGACGAGGCGGAGGCGGCGGCGGUGAUCGCCGGGCACUCGGAGAGGCAAACGGAGUGUGGAAAUACGACCUGAGCUCUCCAAUCCAGCCUGCAAGCACUCUUUAUGAGCGUGGCUUUGAGAAAAUUAUGAAGCGGCAGAAUAAAGAACAAGUUCCGCCCCCUGCUGCAGAGUCUAAGAAACCAGUAAAUAAGAAGCAACCAAAGAAGGUGACAGCUGUCACUAGCCAAAACCAGAAGCAGGGCCCAUUCCGAAGCCUGGAGGAUGCCCUGAAAGCUCUGGAUGUGGCAGCUCUGCAGAAGGAGCUGGACAAGAGCCAAAGCGUGUUCACCGGGAAUCCCUCUGUGUGGCUCAAGGACCUGGCCAGCUAUCUCAACUACAAGCUCCAGACUCCACGGCUCGAGCCCACUCUGAGCCAGUAUCCACAUGAUUAUCCCUACAGCCUCGUGAGCCGAGAGCUCCGUGGGAUCAUCCGAGGGCUCCUGACCAAAGCCGAGGGGUCUGUGGAGCUCUUUUUUGACCACUGUCUGUUCACCAUGAUGCAAGAGUUGGAUAAGACACCAGGAGAGUCGCUACAUGGGUACCGAAUCUGUAUUCAGGCCAUUCUGCAAGACAGACCCAAGAUUGUCACCUCAAACCUGGGCAAGUUUCUAGAGCUUCUGAGGUCCCACCAGAGCCGACCAGCAAAGUGCCUGACCAUCAUGUGGGCCCUGGGGCAGGCAGGUUUCACCAAUCUCACUGAGGGACUAAAAGUGUGGCUGGGGAUCAUGCUGCCUGUGCUGGGCAUCAAGUCUCUGUCUCCCUUUGCCAUCGCAUACCUGGACCGGCUGCUCCUGAUGUAUCCCAACCUCACCAAAGGCUUUGGCAUGAUUGGCCCCAAGGACUUCUUCCCACUUCUGGACUUUGCCUAUAUGCCAAACAACUCCCUCACACCCAGCCUGCAGGAACAGCUGUGCCAGCUCUUCCCCCGACUGAAGGUGCUGGCAUUUGGGGCAAAGCCAGAAUCCACCCUGCACACCUACUUCCCUUCAUUCCUGUCCAGAGCCACCCCUAGCUGCCCUGCUGAGAUGAAGAAAGAGCUCCUGAGCAGCCUGACCCAGUGCCUGACUGUGGACCCCCUCAGCACCAGUGUCUGGAGACAGCUGUACCCCAAGCACCUGUCACAGUCCAGCUUGCUGCUGGAGCACCUACUUAAGUCCUGGGAGCGGAUUCCCAAGAAGGCGCGGAAGUCUUUGCAAGAAACCAUUCAGUCUUUCAAGUUUGCCAACCAAGAGCUUCUGAAGAAGGGCAGUGGUUGCAACGAGCAUGUUGUCACCUGUGAUGUAGCCUGCAAGGGCUUGUUGCAACAGGCACGGGGCCCUCGGCCACCCUGGGCCCGGCUAGUCCUGUUGCUUCUGGUCUUUGCAGUAGGGUUCCUGUGCCAUGAUUUUCGGUCCCACAGCUCUUUCCAGGCCUCCCUCACUGGCCGGUUGCUUCGAUCGUCUGGUUUCUUGCCUGUUGGCCAGGAAGUGUGUGCCAAGCUCUACUCCCACAGCCUACAGAGCUACAACUGGCUGCAGGAGACAUUGCCAGCCUGGGGCUCCCACCUGCUUGCCGUGGUGAAGCCCGGUUUGCAGCUGGCCUGGACACACACCAAUGCCACGGUCAGCUUCCUUUCUGCCCACUGUGCCUCCUACCUUGCCUGCUUUGGCGACAGCCUCGCUGUCUUCUUGCAGAGGGUCCAGCUCCCUGAGGCCCUGCACCAGCUCUUCCACUCCUUGAAGGAGCUGCUGCUGCUCUUCUACCACAGUGUGCUGCUGCCCCUGUGGCACCUGCUGCUGGCGGUCCUGGCCCAAGUCCAGGAGCAUUGCCAUGAGGCCUGCAGAGGGGAAGUGACCUGGGCCUGCAUUAAGACACAGUUCAGUGAAGCUGCCCGAUGGACCUGGCUCUGCCUACAGGACGUCACGGUGGCUUUCUUGGACUGGGCGCUUGCCAUGAUAUCCCAGCAAUAGACCCUGCCUGCCUGGCCACUGGCUUCUGUAGUGGGCAAGCUAUCAGAGACUGCUGGAGGGUAGAGGAGGUGGCCCUCUCUUCACUUGGUGCCUGAGUCCUGUCUCCUAGGCAAGAGGCCAGGUGCCUCUGCCUCGUUUCUCCCAUCUUCAAGGGACUGGGCUGGAGCUUCUUAGCCUCCUGCUCAUGGGUCUGCUGGGUAUCUCAGGCCCAGCUGCACAGCUCUCAGCCUCCUCUGGGAUGGUAGCCUUUCUCCACUUCUCUCACCCCUCUCUGUUCCUCCAUCUCAUCACUUAAGCCACCACAGCCUACCUCCAAAAGGGAGGUAGCCCUUUGUUCCCAUGCCUGGUCUAACGUGAGCCACAGCAGAAAAAGGGAAAGCACUUCAGAAGGACCAACACCACAGUAGGUGGGGCAUCGUCACUUCUACCAGCAGCCUGGAUGGCCCUCAGCAGAUGUGCAGGCCGUGUGGACAUGCCUGUUAACUCAGAACACCCAGAACAAGCAAGCCUUCCAAGGCCACUUGUGCCCUGCUCCAUCUGUGAGCGCCCUGGCUUCUCAACUCCAUUCCCCUCAGUGCCAGGGCUCCUCUCUCACACCUCAGCAGAUCUGUCCACAGCACCAUCCAUCUGAAGAGCAGCACCUUUCCAUCAGCCUGCUGAAGGGAAUCAGCAUAUGGAUCCUGGGUGGAAUAAAGGACACAGACUGGA